AAGGGCAAAAUAAGAACUUCUCCUCGUUGUCAUUUCUGUUCGUCUUGGUCGCCUUCCCUGCCCUUGCGCUUGCACAGCACAGCAAUCGGCGACGCAAUCCCUCAGGCCAUCACUCGCUUCUUUCCCCACGCUCGCAAAUCUACCUUUCCGAGAUGGGGUCCUGCCCUUCGGUUAAGAACAUUCUUGUGCUGGAUUCCGAAGGGAAGCGCGUGGCCGUGAAGUACUACAGCGAUGAAUGGCCCUCCGUGUCUUCCAAGUUAGCUUUCGAGAAGUCAGUCUUUGUGAAGACCCAGAAAACGAGUGCUAGAACAGAAGCUGAGGUAGUAAUGUUUGAUGGUUACAUCAUUGUCUACAAGUUCAUCCAAGAUCUACACUUCUUUGUAACCGGAGGAGAUGAGGAGAAUGAGCUCAUUUUAGCGUCAGUUCUUCAGGGGUUUUCUGAUGCUGUUGGCCUACUUCUCAGAAACAAUGUAGACAAAAGGACUGCACUCGAAAAUCUUGAUCUCAUCUUUUUAUGCCUUGAUGAAGUUGUUGAUGGAGGGAUUGUUCUUGAAACAGAUGCAAAUCUGAUAGCUGAGAAGGUAUCAGGUCAUGGAUUGGAAGGAGCUGGAUCAUUCACUGAGCAGACAAUAAGCCAAGCCCUGGCGACAGCAAGAGAGCACUUUGCAAGGUCACUUCUCAAGUAAGAGGUUGGCAUCCUUCAGGUUGACGAUGAGCUGUUGUCGAAAUGGGGUCCCGUAGCUCAGUCCGCCCGAUUUGUGAGAAAGAAAGAAAGUGAACUGAAUCUUUGUGUGUGAGUUGAUCCGUUAUUGUGGCCGUCGACAUUUUGUUGCUGGGAUGUAUCUGCAGACCGACUGGUUAACUAGUCUAUUAAGAUUUUUCAGAAGCUUGUGUGCAGCA